UCCCAUCAUUGGCUGAGGAAGGAGAGGGCCUCCCAUCACUGGCAGAGGAGGAGAGGGCCUCCCAUCACUGGCAGAGGAGGAGAGGGCCUCCCAUCAUUGGCUGAGGAGGAGAGGGCCUCCCAUCACUGGCAGAGGAGGAGAGGGCCUCCCAUCACUGGCAGAGGAGGAGAGGGCCUCCCAUCACUGGCUGAGGAGAAGAGGGCCUCCCAUCACUGGCAGAGGAGGAGAGGGCCACCCAUCACUGGCUGAGGAGGAGAGGGCCUCCCAUCACUGGUAGAGGAGGAGAGGGCCUCCCAUCACUGGCUGAGGAGGAGAGGGCCUCCCAUCAUUGGCUGAGGAGGAGAGGGCCUCCCAUCACUGGCUGAGGAGGAGAGGGCCUCCCAUCACUGGCUGAGGAGGAGAGGGCCACCCAUCACUGGCUGAGGAGGAGAGGGCCUCCCAUCAUUGGUAGAGGAGGAGAGGGCCACCCAUCACUGGUAGAGGAGGAGAGGGCCACCCAUCACUGGUAGAGGAGGAGAGGGCCACCCAUCAUUGGCUGAGGAGGAGAGGGCCACCCAUCACUGGCUGAGGAGGAGAGGGCCACCCAUCACUGGUAGAGGAGGAGAGGGCCACCCAUCAUUGGCUGAGGAGGAGAGGGCCACCCAUCACUGGCUGAGGAGGAGAGGGCCACCCAUCACUGGCUGAGGAGGAGAGGGCCUCCCAUCACUGGUAGAGGAGGAGAGGGCCUCCCAUCACUGGUAGAGGAGGAGAGGAGUCACUGUGUCAACAGACAGACAGCCAGACGCACAGACAUGGCUCUGACAGACAAACACAAAGUGAAGAGACAGAGACUAGACAGGAUCUGUGAAGGUAUCCGGCCCCAGAUCAUGAACGGGCCGAUGCACCCUCGCCCCUUAGUGGCCCUGCUGGACGGGCGUGACUGCACCGUGGAGAUGCCCAUUCUAAAAGACCUGGCCACCGUCGCCUUCUGUGACGCGCAGUCCACACAGGAGAUACACGAGAAGGUGUUGAACGAGGCGGUAGGGGCCAUGAUGUACCACACCAUCACUCUGACCAGAGAGGACCUAGAGAAGUUCAAGGCUCUACGCAUCAUCAUCCGCAUCGGCAGCGGCUACGACAACAUCGACAUCAAGGCAGCCGGAGAGCUGGGCGUAGCAGUGUGUAACAUCCCGUCGGCUUGCGUGGAGGAGACAGCGGACUCCACCAUGUGUCACAUCCUCAACCUGUACCGACGAAACACCUGGUUGUACCAGGCUCUCCGGGAAGGCACGCGGGUCCAGAGCGUGGAGCAGAUCAGGGAGGUGGCGUCUGGAGCGGCACGCAUCCGUGGGGAGACACUGGGCCUUAUAGGCUUCGGGCGUUCGGGUCAGGCGGUGGCUGUGCGAGCCAAGGUGUUUGGCUUCAGCGUGAUCUUCUACGACCCCUACCUGCAGGACGGCUUGGAGCGUUCCCUGGGUGUCCAGCGCGUCUACACCCUACAAGACUUGCUCUACCAGUCAGACUGCGUGUCUCUGCACUGCAACCUGAAUGAACACAACCACCAUCUCAUCAACGACUUCACCAUCAAACAGAUGCGCCAGGGAGCGUUCCUGGUGAAUGCAGCGCGGGGAGGGCUGGUGGAUGAGAAGGCCCUGGCUCAGGCCCUGAAGGAGGGGAGGAUACGUGGCGCUGCCCUGGACGUGCACGAGACAGAGCCCUUCAGUUUUGCUACAGGCCCUCUGAAGGAUGCUCCCAACCUGAUCUGUACACCACACACAGCCUGGUACAGUGAACAGGCUUCUCUGGAGAUGAGAGAGGCAGCUGCCACCGAGAUACGAAGAGGCAUCAGUGGCCGCAUCCCUGACAGCCUAAGAAACUGUGUGAAUAAGGAGUUCUUUGUGACCACAGGACCAUGGGCAGUAAUGGACCAGCAAGGUGUCCACCCAGAGCUCAAUGGCACCACCUACAGCCAAACCAACCAAACUCUGCACGCCCUAACGACCGGGGUUCCUCAAGACAAAAUGUAGUACCUAUUGGCACUCAGGUA